AUGCCUGCUAAGCUGAGGUUUCUCCUCAGAUUCUUCAUCUUCUGCUUGUCCGCUGCCCCGGUACUGAGUGGUGUUGCCAGGCUCAGUGAAUCUAUGUGCAGAGACCUUAAAGAUCCUUGUGGUUUGGAACAAGAUCCUGGCAGCUGCUAUGAAAUACAUUUUAGAUUUUUCUACAACCGAAGUUCCAAAGUAUGUGAGAGUUUUAUCUAUUCUGGCUGCAAUGGUAACCUUAAUAACUUCCAGCUUAAAAUAGAAUGUGACAUACAAUGUAACCAAGAUUACCGAACAGCACGGCUUGCUGGUAACAACAGAAGAGCCAACUGUGACACCAAAAAAGCCAACUGUGACACCAAAAAAGCCAACUGUGAAACCAUUGAGAGCACGGAGAAGACACCACAAGCAGCACUCCAGGCCCCACAAGCACCUCCAUGCCAGCCAUGGCACCUAGAUAGCCACAAAGGAGCCACCAUGGAGGCUGGAGGGAUCCGCCUCGCCCUGUGGCUUCUUACCCUGUCCAUACUCAUGCAGAUGCCUUCUGGUAACCUGUUUUCUCCAGAACUGAGAAACGAACUGUGUGAAAGCGGGUAUCUUGGAGACAUCUGCAACUACCCCGUUAAGAAGGGCUUUUGCACCGCCAUUCUGUACAGAUACUACUUCAACAAGGUAACGUCCUCCUGCGAGCCCUUCAUCUUCUCUGGCUGUGGGGGCAACAGGAACAACUUUAAAGCUCAGUACCUCUGUGAACACUAUUGCCUUCAGAAACAGGUAAGCCUCUUGGCGCCUCACCCCGCUGUUAAUAACUCUAAAUGGUUGAGAAUAAUGGUUUUACGGGCAACACCUAGAAAGAGGCGAGGGAGAAACAAGCAUGGAAUCCUGAAAUUACUUCCAGAUGCAAUCACGGGUGGUGAGGGUAAAAGGAACAAGAAGAUUCUGGCAGCCUCUAAGUGUUGGGUCAAAACCUCCAAGUCCAGCAUCCCGUAUUAUGCUGUGGUCAAAUGA